AUUGAAGAUGGUGCUGCCGUCGUCAAAGGUCCAAUUAUGUCCUCCAAUUGUUCCGGUAGGCAAUCCGGUCCACCUGUGAACUUGGAGGGAAGUCCUUUCUUUUUCUCCUUCGGUAAUCUGUUCAUUGCAGUCGGCUGCAACAUCCGUGCUCUCUUGACAGAGAUUGGGCCCCAAGUCAGUGGAUGUGACUCAACAUGCGUUCCCUACUAUAAUCAAACAACCAUUAUUUAUGGGCAAGAAAUCAAUAGUCUCUGUUCUGGGAAGCACUGCUGCGUAGCCAGAGCUCCUUAUAGGAUGCAGGUUUUUUAUCCAAGUCUAGAAACUAAAAAUGAGAGUCAAGACAGCAGUGGAUGCAAGCUUACUUUUCUAGCAGACCAAGAGUGGGUUGCGUUCUCCGAUAUAAACAAUCCGCAAGUGUUUCAUGAUCGGGAAUAUGUUCCGGUGGUGCUGGCUUGGGUGAUGGAUUACAAGCUUUGGAAAUAUGACCCCAAGACCAUGAGUUGCAAAUAUUUCCUUCUCGAGAACUCUUUGACUUUAGCAUACGAAUGUUCUUGCCGGAAAGGUUAUGAGGGCAACCCUUACCUUGGGUGCGUAGGUAAAGUUAAUGUUUAAGAAAAGACUUUAUGUUGCAGUUUGGCUGUACACCAGCUUCGC